AUGCCCAACGAAACCAUCGUGGUGAUAGGAGCAGGCGUAAUCGGCCUAACAACAGCCCUACGUAUCCAACAAUCCCUGGAUUUCUCACAAUCAAUCCUCCUUGUAGCCCGCGAUUUCCCAUCAGACAACUCCGUCAAUUACGCCUCGCCCUGGGCCGGAGCGCACUACCGCCCCGUACCAGGUUCAACGCCACAAGCACUGCGCGAGGCAAACCAAGCACAGCGCACCUAUGAAUAUAUGAAACGUGUUGCGGCCGACGAGCCCGGGUCUGGGGUUUCGUUUGUUCGUGGUGUUGAACAUCUCGAGGCGCCACCGGCGGAGUACUUGGAUGCGCAGAGUGUGAAGAACGUCUAUUCGCAUCUCGAUGGGUUUCGGGCCUUGAAGAGUGGGGAAGUCCCUGAUGGUGUUGUUUGGGGUGUCGAGUAUGGCACUUAUGUGGUCAAUUCACCUGUUUAUUGUGCGCAUUUGCUGAGGAAAUUUGUACUUGCGGGUGGAGAGGUGAGGCGGUUUGACCUUGUGAAUCUGAUGGAGGCAUUCAGCUUGGCGAAGGGUGUUCGGACAGUGGUUAAUUGUUCUGGGACUGGGAUUGGGGAUGCUAAGGCGUUCAUUAUUCGAGGGCAAACUUGUCUUGUGCGCAAUCCUGUGUCUGAGACUAUCACUCGUCAGAAUACGGAUGGUUCUUGGUCUUUCUGUAUCCCGCGUCCACUUGAUGGUGGGACGAUUAUUGGGGGCACCAAGGAACCUCAUAACUGGGACCCUAAUCCUUCGCUGGAGACUAGAGAGCGGCUGCUUUCCAAUGCAACCAAGUGGUUUCCUUUCACUCCGGAGAGUGGCGGCAAGUUUGAUGUCAUUCGUGAUAUUGUUGGUCGGCGACCUGCUCGAGAGGGCGGAAUGCGGAUUGAAGUCGAGAAUAUCACAGAUGACCGGUAUAUGGUCCAUGGGUAUGGUGCCGGUGGUCGUGGCUUUGAGCUCUCCCGAGGUGUUGCGGAGGAUGUCGCAGGGUUGAUGCUCGAGAAGGGGCUGCUUCAGCCUAAGGCUUCACUGUAA